GCCGUGCAACUAGAUGUCGCCAUCGUAGGUGCAGGACUCAGCGGCCUUGGAGUCGCCAUUGCCUCUGCCUUGUCUGGCCAUAGGGUGAUUGUUUAUGAAUCCGCUACAGAGCUACGUGAGAUUGGAGCUGGACUGCAACUCACGCCCAACUCAACCAAGAUUCUUCAGCGAUGGGGCAUUGCUGAGGGCUUGUUGAAGGCUGCUGCUGAGCCGACAUCUCUCAUUGUUCAUCGUUACACGGGAAAAAUCCUCGCCGAGGAGGCCAACUUUGAUGAGAAGAUCCGGGCCAGAUAUGGCGCGCCCUUUAUCGACAUGCACCGAGUGGAUUUGCAGAUGGCGCUCUUUGACCGUGCCAAGGAACUGGGAGUUCGGUUUGAGAUGGGCCAAAAAAUCGCUGAUGUCGACUUUAGCACCCCCGAAAUUUCGACUGCAUCUGGACACAAAGUCCGUGCCGACCUGAUCGUCGCAGCUGAUGGCAUCUGGUCCCAGUGCCGGGCUUGCUUCACCGGGAACGGCGAUCCACCUAAACCGACAGGAGACUUGGCCUAUCGCUUGGUCAUCGAUCUCGAAAAGGUGACAGAUGCUGAUCUGCGGCUCUGGAUCAGCAAGCCAAAGGUUCACUUUUGGAUUGGCCCUGGGGCUCAUGUUGUGGGUUAUUCUCUUCGGGGCGGGAACCAGUAUAAUAUUGUCCUUCUCGUGCCCGACGAUCUACCUCAAGGUGUGAGCCGACAAGCAGGCUCUGUCAAAGAGAUGAGGGAGCUGUUUAAGAACUGGGACCCUACUUUGAACCGGUUUCUCGAUUUGGUUGACGGCGUGGAGAAGUGGAAGCUGAUGCAUCGAUCCGAGCUGCCAUCAUGGGUCAACGAUGAGGGUAAUUUUGUCUUUGUCGGAGAUGCAUGUCAUCCCAUGUUGCCAUAUCUGGCACAGGGCGCAAAUUCGGCCAUCGAAGAUGGUGCCGUCCUCGGACUUCUGCUUGGUACCUUGAGCCGCCGAGAGGAUCUACCAAAGGCGCUCAGGAGGUAUCAGCAGCUGCGAAAAGCCAGAGGUGACUCGAUCGUCAAGGAGACAUUUAAGCAGCGGGAUUCGUUUCACAUGCCCGACGGACCCGAGCAGGAAGCUAGAGAUGCUAUUUUCCUAUCACAGCUUGGCAAAGAGUUGCGGGCGCCUUUCCCAAGCAGAUGGACCUGUCCAGAGGUACAGCCCUGGCUGUAUGGAUACGACGCGUUCAAGGAGGUUCAAGAGUCGAUAAAGGUAGACCCUAUCGGCCAAGGUACACUCUAA